CACCCCACCUUUAAAAGAGGAGCAUCCAGUUCUGUAAAUACUUAAUAUCUUUCCAUGGGCGGAGAUACAGCUUUAUAAAAGAUCAGCAUGAUUCUGAAGUCGUGUUCCUGCACUACGAUACAUGUCUACAGAACAACAGGCUGAAGACAGCAAGGGAAAAAAAACAAUAAAGAUGCAGAGCCUUCUGGACGAUUAUUCUAAAUACCUUAUGACCUUUGAGCUGCUGUUGGCGAAUUCUGCCGAACACCAGUGCAUGAAAGAUUUCAUCCAAACAACUCUUCCAGAUAUCCUGGCCAACAUCGGAUCAGGAGAAUCCACUCUGAACGUGAUGGGAGUAGGAACCGGAUCAGGUGAGAUCGACCUGGAAAUUCUCAAACUGCUGCAUAAAAUGCACCCAGAUGCCAAAGUGGAGAACGAGGUGGUGGAGCCCAGCGACGUCAUGCUUAACAAACAUAAAGCUUUAUUAUCCAAAACACCCGGACUCGACUACGUGAAAUUCACUUUUAAUGAGAUGACUGCGGUGGAGUUUGAGAAGGAAUGGAAGACCAGGAACUCUGAGAAGAAGAUGCACUUUAUUAACAUGAUUCAGAUGCUGUACUAUGUGGAGGAUCCAGAGGCCACGCUUUCCUUCUACAGAAGUUUACUGCACAAAGAUGGCAAAGUCCUCCUCAUCCUGCUGGCAGGUGAAUGUGCAUGGGCCAGGUUAACAGAAAUGUUUGAAGAUCAGAUGUACAAGCAGGGAACUGCGCAGAACUUGUCAACCAGCAGAAUCAAGAGCUUUCUGGAUUCCAAAAAAAUCCCCUACAAAAACUACAAACUCCAGUCCCUGUUGGACAUCACCGAGUGUUUCAUACCUGGAGAUAAAAAAGGAGACAAGAUACUGGAUCUCCUGACCGAGGUGAUCGAGUUCCGUAAGACCGCUUCAACGGAGCAGAAGGCGAAAGUGAUGGAGUUUCUGAAACUAAACAGCCAAACUGUGAACGGCCGGAUCCUGUUCGACUGCAGCACCGAGGCCUUGCUGAUCGACGCGUAGUUAAUAAAAUGCAGUUGUUUUAAGCAGUGCAAGUGACAUGUUUGUGUUUGAAAUAAAAUGUCUGGUGCCAUA